AUGAAACCUCUCAUGAUACUUUGUUGUUUCUUCCUUCUUGUCCUUCUUCUUCUGCCUGCCCACGUUUCUACUCUCAACGCGUCUCUACUUCAAAUCACUGAAGAUGUCCGAUUCCAUGAAUCCAAUUCUUCCGGAUUUAUGCAUCCUCGUGCUGUGAAGAAAAUAAGUGCUGAAAGUGAGGAGCUCGAAUUCGAUUUUGACUGGAAACGCUGGUUGAACUACGCUUUCCACAACAAUGAAUCUCUGGUUCUCGAGGUCGUCAAUAAGUUCCCAGCUCAUGUAACUCUUCGUUCUUGUGACAAACUUCUCUUGGAAUCAGUUUCCCCAAUCACAAAUAGUUCAAUUGCACUUGGACCAUAUUGGGUUCAAUACCUCCGUCAAACCAGUGAAUUCGAGGAAGUGGAAAUUCGACAAGAUGCUAAUCGUGUCGGCUUGUACAACGUUAAGAUUGGUGGAAUUGUAUCCAGAGCUCUCACGCAAAACAACACAGAGCAGAUGGUGAUCAAAAUGGGAUCUGGAGGACCCAUUAGACUUUGUUUGACAAAGUGCAAUCUGCUGCUCGAAGAAAUCAUCACAAUCAAUGACAAUAGAAAUUAUGAAGUUGAUAAGGACUUAUUGGUGAAGAUGAGAAUGCUGGAUCAAACUGUCUGCGGUACAGAAACUGUGAACUCGGGACUGAGUAUUAUGGUGAUUUCUGAUCACCGUUUGGCCAUCACCCUUUCGUUUAAUCUCCAACCACGCACCACCACUACUCAACCGCCACCAACAACAACAACCGAGGCCCCUGCUAUCAUCAACGUGGACGAAACAGGAGUAAUCAGAUUUUCGGAUUGGAUUGGAGAAGGAAAGGCUGUGAUCGACUUGAGACAAAUUCUCGAAAAAUCUCCGAACUUCAUGCUGAUGAUGGAAAUCGAAUCAUCGGAACCAAUGACCUUCAAUCUGGAAAAACAACACAGGGAAUUGAUUGGCCGCUUCACUCUGAAAUUCUCCACUGGUGGAAUUAAGGCAUCAGGACACUUCCGCUUUUCCAAGUCAGAGAAGAUCAAGACUCAAGACGCUGGGAGGAUGAACACCAAGGAAAUCGUCAACAUUCAUCAAGAUUCAAUGCAUCCAGUUGUAUAUUAUCUGGCACUCGGAAAGCUUAUUGGAGAUGCAAUCCAAAACCGAUCACUCACUCUUCGCUUGAAUUCAUCGUUGCCAGGAAAUGUUGAUAUCGGAUUCGGCAAAUGCGAGACGAAUUCGAUUGAGAUUCAAUUGAAUGCAACGGAUUCCCUGGUGAUCGACCAAGAUUUAUUGGAGCAUAUGGACAGGAUGAACAAUUUGUUUUGUAUUUUGGACCGGAAUUUGGGAAGAUUCGAUCUGACUGUCUCCUCUCCAACACCCGUCAACGGCACACUUCAUUUUGGAUUCGAUUCCCCCACUGAAAAAGAGUCAUUCCCUGUGCUCACUGCAGUUUGCGGUACCAUCUUCGGUCUUCUUGUUGUUAUUGGGCUUUGUGUUUUUCUCGUUCGACGUCAUCAAAAUCGUGCUCGAAUCGUCCUCAGAAGAAACAAGCCAGCCACAGUAUUCGAGAACCGUCUUAGCACCGUCCAUUAUAAUACUCAAUUUCAACAGAUUGAUUUCUCAGUUGCUUUUGGACCAGUUGAAGAAUUGGAUUAUGUUCAAUCUGAUUCUGGAUCGCCAUCCGAAACACUGGAAGCCAUCAAACUGAAGAAAAUGAAAGCGGUCGAUCGGGUUCAAUACAGAACGGAGAGACUACAAGAAAACAGAUUGUCCUCUGGAAACAACACAAUUCGUUCGAUUCAAGAGAACCGUCCAUGCACCUCGGUUUGGGUUAAUGCUGAUGUUUAUGGCAACAAUGCAGCAGUAUCGGAUGUUGUUCCGACAAAAAGGGAGAUUGAUGGAGAAGAGGUCGAGAUCGACGAAACCGAACUAUAUGUCCACGAUGACAGCAGAGUAUUUUUUGUAUAG